UCUGGAAGCUGUGUUGGGGUCUGAAUUCUCCUGGAGACUACGGAGAAUCAGUUAUUGAAAAACAAAGGGGGUGGGAGUGGGCAGGAGACGCAAAAAAGAGAGAAAAAAAAAGCUAUGGCCAGAGGGAGCUGGAAUGGACAGAAGAGAGGGAAACAAAAGAAACUAGACGCAGUGAGGGGGCGGGGCAGUUAGGCCGCUUCCCGCCCGCGCGCUCAGUCUUCAAUCUGGUCCGAUCCCGGUGCAUAUUAGCAGGGAGCUGAUGCUCUGUCCGCCCAGGUUUUUCUCUCUUGCUAGAGCAAGUAUGUCUGGGAGAGGUAAAGGCGGGAAGGGUCUAGGUAAGGGUGGUGCUAAGCGUCACCGCAAAGUCUUGCGGGAUAAUAUCCAGGGUAUUACGAAGCCCGCGAUCCGGCGUCUCGCCCGCCGCGGCGGUGUCAAGCGGAUCUCCGGGCUCAUCUACGAGGAAACCCGCGGUGUGCUGAAGGUCUUUCUUGAAAACGUCAUCCGCGACGCCGUCACUUACACCGAGCACGCCAAGCGCAAGACUGUCACCGCUAUGGACGUGGUCUACGCGCUCAAGCGCCAGGGCCGCACUCUGUACGGCUUUGGGGGCUAAGCGCUUGGCUUCCUAUCUCCUUCUCAACGGCCCUUUUUAGGGCCAACCACACAGUCGCCGGAAGAGCUGGCCGCUUUGUGACAAUGGAAGUGGUAGCUAAAUAGGGAGAAUUUUUGUUGGGUGAUGGCCCACAGUCGAUGAACGAUUUGACCUUGUUUGCUGAGAGGCCCCGAUGCUUUCUGCUUUUGUAUAGAAUACGGACACAGACCGCUGGUUAUCUCCGGUCGACUUAAAAUACCAUCACUAUUGUGCGGGUCUAAGCAAAUACACACUGCAUAGUGGGGAAGCAGUGCUAGAUCUGUGGUCCAGAGUUGCCAGUGGUGCUUAGAUCAGGAUGUAAGCUUAAACGGUUCACCUUUUCCAGUUUGAGAUAGCAAGGAGGGAGCCAGGUCCUUAAGGGCUUAUUACCGGUCACUUUCAUAUGUGCCGGUUGCCUCUAGCUUGCAAAAAUCAAGACCAGUCAGCCAACUCCCCGGGAAGCUUACUGAUAAGUUCUCAGAUGUUUCUGGCAAUUUACCUGGCAAGUCUUCGAAAACUCAUGGGCUUCUCGUGCUCAAAAAGGCCUCAAAAUUUAGUCAAGAGCUGGAGAUGAUCAACUUUCAGUGGUGACACUGCAAGGAUACAGAUGCAGAGACAUUUGAUGUAAUCCUAUAAAAGCUGAGCAAACAACCAACUUUUGGA